UCAGGACUCUGGCUUUUCUUGCUUUAUUUGGUGUUUCCAGCAGUCAGAUGUCAGACUGCUCAUACUCUGGUUUACUGAACUACUUAAACCUGACGGCCUCAAAUAAAGUUCUGGAAAUCAUGCGACCAGUGAAAAACUGGAGCGACAGCACGGUUGUAAAGCUUGACAUGGUGCUGCUCGGUAUUUUAGGUGUGGAUGAGAAGCUUCAAACUGUCUCCAAUCAGAUCUGGAUCCAGAUGUAUUGGACAAAUGAAUUCCUUACAUGGAAUUCUUCAGAGUUUUGUGGAAUUGACACGCUGACCCUUCCGAGAUCGAUGGUCUGGAUUCCAGAUAUAACCAUCCAAGAAGAUGUGUCUGACACAGCGAGUGUUCAGGAGGACCCACUUCUCAGUUUGGAUGCUGACGGCUCGCUGUUUGCUCAGGUACGCCAGCGGCUGUCCUACACCUGCCAGCUCGACCUCUCCAUGUUUCCUUUCGAUGUGCAACACUGCAGCAUCACAUUUUCAUCCAUGAGCUCGGAUGGGAGGAUGAUCACACUGGCAGCAGCCUACAAUGACACAAUCCUAACCUCCAUUUCUGUGAAGUAUUUAAAAACACAGGGUGAAUGGAAACUCACAAACUUGAAAGUCGCCAUAUUUAAUCAGAGCAAUGAAAACACUUUUAGAAGCAAACUUUCAUACACGGUCACGCUGGAGAGGAAGCCGUUUCUUUACUUGAUCAACUUAAUCGUGCCGCUGUGUUUUUUACUGUUCCUGGAUUUGACCUCCUUUUUCAUCGAUGAGGCCAGGGGUGAAAAGCUGGGCUUCAAAGUGACAAUACUUCUGUCCAUCUCCGUCUUACUGCUGAUUCUUCAGGACAUGUUGCCCUCCACUGAAGAAAACCUACCAAUGAUUGCACGAUAUGUUGUUGGAGUCUUUACAAUGAUGUGGAUGAGCAUCCUGGAGACCAUGCUGGUGGGCUUCAUAAUAGAUCUUGAUGCUUGUUGCGGAAAACAGGCUCCAAGCUCUGUAGAGGUGGAGGUGGAUGUUCAGCUGGAAGAGCCUGCUGGAGAUGAGGACAAAGACCAGGUUAAACCAGAGAAGGAUCAGCCUGGUGAGCGCUUCCUGUUAAAACGAAUCUUAGAAAAAGUGAAGGCAGUUCGAAAGCAAGCUGCACGUCAGAGUGAAGACAAGAGAAAGCCUGGAUGCUACAGACGUUUGGCUAAAAUCAUUGACACCUUGUUUUUUGUCUUAUAUUUUUUUGCUGUUGCUGUUUUUGUCCUUUCUAUUGUAACAUUGUGGACUAAAAGGCAGAAUUAAUUAUAAGCUGCGUGCAUUAUUACUUUCUAAUUAUCUUAAUCACUUUAUAGUACAAAUAGAAAACUGCUUGAUGUUCGGGUAAAGUUUUGUCCUCAUAUCAAAUCUUUGUUAAUUAAAAAUGAAUGUUUUGUAAAUGUACACAUAUUAAGAAGUUUGUAUGCACUAUUUAUCUGGUGGUCAGUGGUGUAAUUAACCAGACAGCCAGGGCUAACCUUGAUCUCCUAAUUAAAACUAAUUAUCAUAAUAAAGAUACACUGUUCUAGUAAAUAUUAAUAAUUAAAGCCUAUAUUUAGCGGCUGGAUUUGGGACUUGUAGGCGACUUCAAUAUUUAUGGAGUGAUAUUCUUGCAGCUGAGGUAACAAACCUGAUUCUUUAAAAUCCUACAUUUUUGGCCUAAAAUGACUUUUCAUGGAUAACAAAUUUGUUGCAAACCAACUAUUUUACUGGACUGCUUUUACUGGACCCUUGCUGAUGUAGCAGGACCAGUUUGUUCCAGUAUCAUCUGCUACUGGAGUACAGUACGACCUCAAAGAUAAAUUCCAUUUACAGCUAGCCUGAAAUGAGCGUUUACUGAAUCUACAGUUAUGAUUGCAGCCUGGAAUGAUAUACAACCUAAAAAGCUUUGCGCUUCAAUGAUGUAUGACAUGUAUAUGUACUUAGAAGCAAGACUGAGUAAAAUACAUGUUUAUUCUAUUCUAUUCUACAGUCAUUUGCUUUAAUCCAAAGCGACUUACAUUUGAGAGUAAGAACAACACAAGCAAGUUUGUCAUGUCCUGCCCACAGAAUGUCUGGUACCAUCAGGUUAAUGCACACUUACAGCCUAUUACACUGAUGGUGUUAGGAAGAACCAGCUAUAGAACAAAUUUCAUCUUGACUGCAACUUGUUCUUGAAUGAAUGAAAUUUUGUUUUAUUUUACUCUCAGAGAAAUUAUAAUGUUGGGACACGAUCUUCAGUAUCUUGAUAUUUAUUUCAAGAGAUGAAAUGCUUUGAAAAUUAUGAAAAGGUUAAACUAAAACCAUUACUUUUAUUAGUUUAUUUAAAUGAAGUGAACAUUAGAGGACAAAACAAACACUGACUUUGUUCAACAUUUGUUGGUAAUAGUGCUCCCAAAUGUUCAUGAGUAUUCAUAUAAAUAUUUUCAUUAAUGACACAAAUUCGUAAAAAGUUCUUACGUAGGAUUUGGAACAAAUUUGUUCGUUAGAUUAGUUGGUGAAUGAGGCCCAGUAUUUUAAAAUACACAGUUUUCAUCAUGCUUUGUAGAUUGCUGAACCUCUGUGCAGCUUUUAUCUCUGAGAGACUCUGCAUCUCCAAGGUGGUUGUUUUAUACCUGCUGCUUUACUUCUCCAGCCUCUUGUUGUUCCAGCUUUUUAAAGAAAGUUACUGUCAUCAGAUUCAUGAUACCCUAAAGUCUUUUUUAAGUUCUUUUGUAGCUUAGAUAUUGACUUUUAAGAUUUGCACAUUGCAUUCAUUCAUUUUUUGGAACUGGAGCUUCUAUCAUAUAAAUGCAAACCAAUUAAACCUGUAGCUGUUUGAAUCAUGCUGUUUCAGAUAUGCUUCCACCCAAUCAUUAUUAUAACAUUGUAUUUCU